CCGGACUCCUGAAGCGCGCCGCCAGAACUUUUUCUUUUCCUCCUCAGGAAAAGAGUUUGGAGGAGUUUUUUAUUUAGUACUUUUUUGAUGAUUCCCUCGCAGCUCGGAGGAGAAGAUGCGGCUCCGCUGCUCACCUGGUGGUUAACGGUCAUCCCCGGGCUUUAACCGAGGGAAGUUUACAGCUGCUUAUUUAAUUAUGUACUAAUUACGCAGCAGGUGGGAUUCGAACCGCAGACCGGAUCAGUGAAGCCACGGAGCCGGGAAAUGGUCCCGACCAGAAGCUGGGAGGAUACCACCUGAACAGGAGCGUUUUCUUACUUAUUUAUCUAUUCAUUUAUUUAUCUAUCAUAACCCCCUCGGGGCUCCGGCGGCAUGAGGGCGCUGGCGCUGCUGUGCGUCGCCGCGCUCGGGCUGUGCGGGUCCGGCCGGGCCAGCAGGAGCUGCCCGGACCUGGUGGUGGACAGCUGCCACUGCUCGGCGGAGAGGACCAAGGAGCUGAGCCGGCAGCACGUCCCGAGGGUCAAGGUGGGCUGCGGGGACCUGGAGCUGAUGGACCCGCUGCCGCCGGGCCUCCUACCCAGCAGAACCGUGUCCCUAAACCUGAGUAACAACAAGAUCUCCGUGCUGAGGAACGGCUCCUUCUAUGGCCUGGCUGCCCUGGAGAAACUGGACCUGAGGAACAAUUUGAUAAGUACAGUGGAGCCCGGGGCCUUCCGCGGUCUGCUGGCUCUGAGGAGACUGGACCUGUCCACCAACAGGAUUGGCUGUCUGUCCCCUGAAAUGUUUCUCGAUCUGGGCAGCCUCUCAAAAUUGAACCUGUCCGGGAACAUCUUCUCCACGCUGACCGCGGGACUCUUCACGCACCUGGUGGCUCUCAGAGUGCUGCACUUCAGCGCCCAGACGCUGUUCUGCGACUGCCAGCUGAAGUGGCUGCUCCUCUGGGCCCGGAGACACUCGGUGAGGAUUGGCAACGACACGGUGUGCGUGUUCCCCGCCCGCCUCCACGGGCUGGAGUUCCACAACCUCCUGGAACAGCAGCUCAUAUGUGACGGCCCUCUGGAGAUGCCCCUCUUCCAGCUCAUCCCCUCCCAGAGGCAGCUGGUGUUCCACGGGGACCGGCUGCCCCUGCAGUGCACCGCCUCCCGCCUGGACCCCACGGUGGAGCUGCGGUGGCGCCACGAGGGCCUCGCCGUGACCACGCGGGAGGACCGCGGCAUCUACGUGGAGGAGACGCUGCUGCACGACUGCUGCCUGCUCACCAGCGAGGUCGUCCUCUCUAACAUCGAUGUGGGCGUCGCCGGCCUCUGGGAGUGCCUGGUCACCAGUUCCCGUGGCAACGCCUCCCAGCAGAUGGAGAUCGUGGUUCUGGAGACGUCGGCGCCGUACUGCCCCGCGGACCGGGUCGCCAACAACAAGGGCGACUUCAGGUGGCCGAAGACGUUGGCCGGCGUCCUCGCCUUCCUGCCCUGCGCUCCCGCCGACGCCGGCUCCGCCCCCACCCCGGUCCGCCUCUCGGGCCGGGAGGCGAAGAAGAGGGCGAGUGAGAAGAAGGCGAAGAAGGCGUGGCGGAGCUGCGACCGCGCCGGCCGCUGGGCCCAGGACGACUACACCCGGUGCCCGUACGCCAGCGAGCUGACCCGCUCGCUGCACGAGCUCACGCAGAUCCCCGUCAACACCACCAGCGCUCAGCCUCUGGGCCGGCAGCUGGUGGCCUUCACCAGCAGGGCGGCGCACUUCACCGACGUCAUGGACGUCAUCUUCGUCACGCACCUGGUGGAGCGGCUGACGAGGCUGGUGGCGGAGCGCAGAGACCUGGGGGACUACAUCUCGGACGUGGCCAGCAACAUGAUGCAGGCGGAGGACCACGUCCUGUGGAUGGCGCAGGACGAGGCGCGGGCGUGCACCCGCAUCGUGCAGUGCGUGGAGCGCAUCGCCGACCUGGCGCUGGGCGGGGACCACCGGGCCAUCUCCAAGGUAUCAGCGAACAUCGCCCUGGAGGCCUUCCUGAUCCGGCCGUCCAACUUCCUCGGCCUGUCCUGCACGGCUGUCCAGCAGCCCUCCUCCUCCUCCUCCUCCUCCUCCUCCUCCGCCCCCCCGCCCCACGCCACCAACAAGGACGCCGCGGGGGAAUCGUUGCUCAGCUUCAAAUGCCACCCGGUCAGCUCGCCGGCCGGUCAGCUCGGCGAGAACUCGGUGCCAGUCGCCUCCAUCCAUUUACCGCUGGCUGCUACGCCUCUCUCCUCCUCCUCCUCCUCCUCCUCCUCCUCCUCCUCCUCCUCCUCCUCCUCCUCCUCCUCCGCCGCGUUACAAUCUUUUGAUAACUCCACUUGCCGGCUGCAGUUCAUCGUGUUCCGCAAUGGGAAACUCUUCCCCUGCACCGGGAAUUCGUCAAAUCUCGCCGACGAUGGGAAGCGCAGGAGCGUCUCGACACCAGUUGCUUUCACCAAAUUAGAUGGGUGCAGCCUCGGGAGCGCCGUGCACUCCGUUACCAUCGCGCUCCGGCACUUCGCGCUGGGUGUAGACCCCACCGCCGCCUACUGGGACUUCGACCUGCUGGAUGGACACGGCGGCUGGCGGGCGGAGGGCUGCCACAUAACGGGCUCCGGGGGCAACACCACCACCAUUCACUGCAGCCACCACAACAACUUUGCCGUGCUAAUGGAUCUGAAGAAGGUGCUGUCCUUCCCGCCGUACCCGGGGGAGUUCCUGCACCCGGUGGUGUACGCCUGCACGGCGGUCAUGUUGCUCUGCCUCUUCGCCUCCAUCAUCACCUACAUCGUGCACCACAGUGCGAUCCGCGUCAGCCGGAAGGGAUGGCACACGCUCCUCAACUUCUGCUUCCACACGGCUCUGACCUUCGCCGUGUUCGCCGGCGGCAUCAAUCGAAUCAAAUACCCCAUCAUCUGCCAGGCGGUGGGGGUGGUGCUGCACUACUCCUCCCUGUCCACCGUGCUGUGGCUCGGCGUGACGGCCAGGAACAUCUACACACAGGUGACCAGGAGGCCGCCGCAGAGCCAAGAUGGCGCCGCGCCGCCGGCCGCCAAGCAGGCCCUGCUGAGGUCCUACGUGGUCAGCGGCGGCGUGCCGCUCCUCAUCUGCGGCGUCACGGCGACCGUCAACAUCGACAACUACGGCAGCGGCGAGCAGGCGCCGUACUGCUGGAUGGCGUGGGAGCCCAGCCUCGGCGCCUUCUUCGGCCCCGUGGCCUUCAUCGUCAUGGUGACCUGCGUCUACUUCGCCUGCACCUUCGUGCAGCUGCGGCGCCGCCCCGAGAGGAAGUACGAGCUCAAGCGGCCGACGCCAGAGCAGCAGAGGCUGGCGCCCGCCGCCGCGCCCCCGCACUGCCACCAGGGGGCGGAGCCCGGGGCCCCGGCGGCGGCGGGCGGGGGGGGCCACUGCCCCGCCGGCUGCCCCGGCGUCCCCAUCGACCCGGCGCUGCUCGCCAACGAGCACUCCUUCAAGGCUCAGCUGCGGACGGCGGCCUUCACCCUCUUCCUCUUCCUCGCCACGUGGACCUUCGGGGCGCUGGCCGUGUCGCAGGGCCACUUCCUGGACAUGAUCUUCAGCUGCCUCUACGGCGCCUUCUCCGUCACCCUCGGCCUCUUCGUGCUCAUCCAUCACUGCGCCAAGCGCGACGACGUGUGGCACUGCUGGUGCUCCUGUUGCCCCGGGCGACGCGCCGCCCACGGGCCCGCCGCCGCCGCCGCCGCGCCCAAGGUCAACGUGAACGGAGACACGGCGGGCCACGCCCACUGCCAGCACGACACCCCGUGUCAGGGCAAAGCCCCGAUGAGCUGCAGUCACGGCGGUUUAAGUCACUGCCCGCACGCCGCCCUCCCGCCCUCGGCGUGCCUGGCGCCGCCGCCGGCGUCGCCGUGCUGCGCCGCCAUGCGCGGCCAGCAGCUGAUGAAGGAGGAGCCGCCGGCCACGCACGUGCUGCUGCACGCCGACCCCGAGGGCCACCGGCCCGGCAUCCAGCUGCACCCCUGCCUCAAGAGCGGCGGCGCCAGGACUAAAGGCCGUCGCUUCAGCCGGCGGGCCGGGGGCGGGGCUUGCGGGGCGGCGAGCGAGAGGGAGUACGCCUAUCACAUCCCGUCCAGCGGGGACGGCGGCAGCGUGCACAGCUCGCACACGGACAGCCCGCUCAGCACGCACGGGCGCCACGCCCACAUGUGUCCGCACCUGGCGCACGACGGGCAUCACACGUGCCACGCCGCCGCCGCCACGCACGAGGCCCUGGCGUGCCACGCCCACUGCCACCAGCACGUCUGCUGCGCCAAGGCGGACCUUUUCCCGUCCCUGUGCCCGGCGGACGGCGGCGACGGCGGCGUCUUCCUGUGCGGCUGCGGCAAAGUGGCCGAGCCGGAGCCGGCGCGCAGACAGUCGUACCCGCAGAACCCGCCCAAUCAGAAUGGGAUCCUGAAGGGGGGGCUGCACGAAGGCCUCCUGUACACGUCGGACAGCACGGGGAAUAUACGCACCGGACCCUGGAAGAAUGAAACUACUGUGUAGUGUGUGUGUGUGUGUUUGUGUGUGUGUGGAGGGUGGGGGGGGCAACAGGGGGGAGGCAACACAUUUAAACCCCGCCUCCCUUUCUAGAAUAAAAAUAAACAAACUCAUAUAUAUAUUAUAUGUAUGAAUUGAACAACAUUUUAAACUCAUACUCAGCGUGGGGUGUGUUUGAUUUUAACAUCCUCGUGUUUUUACGUGUUUUAAUGUACAGAAAUCUGAUUUUCCGUGAACGCACCACGAGAAGUCGUGAAACGUGUGUCACACCAAACCACCCGAUGUCAUUGAAGGAAGAGAGUGGUUGUACGUAUGAGUGUGUGUGUUAGUGCUCAAAGGCAACACACACUAAACCCGUCAGACGGCCCUGGAUGACCUUUGACCUUUCACCUUUCAGACACUAAACCAGCAGUUUUAGGCCUCAUGGGUAUUUUUUUGCUGUGAACAUCUAGAAAACGACGCGACGCCCCCGACGUUACGCUCCCACGGCGUCCAUCCACACGAUGGGGAUCCAAUGGAUGAGCCCUCACGGCGUCGCCGUCACUUUAAGUGAUAUAAAUCUAUUUUUAAAUGAAAGCCGGCUCUCGAUCGAUGUCCUUAUUAUCUUUCCUCUCAUUAAAUGAGAACUAAUCGUUUAAGCCGACCUCGUAAGUCGAGUUUAUUUAUUUUUUGCACUCAUCACAGACAAAAGGUCACAAAGUGCGGAACAGGAGUCAAUUCAAAUAAUUUGGCAAUAACAGGCCAACAGAUUUAAACUGUUAAAAGAGCAAAAGUACAAUAAAGAUGAAUAAACGGAGAAGAUCAAAAGCAGGUUGUAGAAUAUUUAAAUCAAUUAGCUGAAGACACACAAGAGCUCGUUAAGUGCCAAUGCAUUCCCUUUAUGCUUUCAUUUUUAUUUCCUCUCCCUGGAGGCCCUGAAGCGUUCCUCGUGAUGUGCAGCCAUGUUUUUUAUAAGUAAGUGAAUCCACGAGCGGACGAGUAUCGGCUGCAGCUCGCCGUCACACACCGAACCCAACCAGAGCCAGAACCCAACCAGAGCCAGAACCCAACCAGAGCCAGAAUCCAACCAGAGCCAGAACCCAACCAGAGCCAGAACCCAACGAGAGCCAGAACCCAACCAGAGCCAGAAUCCAACCAGAGCCAGAAUCCAACCAGAGCCAGAACCCAACCAGAGCCAGAACCCAACGAGAGCCAGAACCCAACCAGAGCCAGAACCCAACCAGAGCCAGAACCCAACGAGAGCCAGAACCCAACCAGAGCCAGAACCCAACGAGAGCCAGAACCCAACCAGAGCCUGAACCCAACCAGAGCCUGAACCCAACCAGAGCCAGAACCCAACCAGAGCCUGAACCCAACCAGAGCCUGAACCCAACCAGAGCCAGAACCCAACCAGAGCCUGAACCCAACCAGAGCCAGAACCCAACCAGAGCCUGAACCCAACCAGAGCCAGAACCCAACCAGA